UCCUAGUCGGACUCAUUUAACGCUGCACAAAACAUGGACGCCUGCAGAAACAUUGUGGAAAGAGCAGUCAUUAUUACUCUCUGAUUCAGCCACAUUGAUGCUUAUAUUUCUGCAUGUAAGCCAUGAAGACAUCGGAGUUUAGGCAGGUGUGAAACCUCCAUGUGAAGAUGUUUUGUCUGCGUCAGCGGCUUCAUCCUGGGGCUCAGAUUGUGACUGUUCACCUGCACAGGGUCCACAAACUCGCUUCACUUCAGAAUGCUGCAACACUUCCCCCAAAGAAAGUCCAGAGCUUACUGUACCCCUUUAGCAGCCUGGAUGCUUACCUGGACAGGUCAGUGGACAGGACACCCUUCCAGCUGUUUCACCCCAGUUUGGAGGACAUGGUCAGAGCAGAACAACUGUUUCAUUCCUCUCCGUCACAUAAGAUUGAUUACUGCGCCUCUGCAGAAAGGAUGGACCAUGCACCUGCACUGAAACCGCCAGAGGUGUGUUUCAUCGGCAGAAGCAACGUGGGGAAGUCGUCUCUCAUCAAAUGUCUGUUUGCUCUGACUCCUGAGGUCGAAGUCCGAGUCUCCAAAACUCCAGGUCACACGAAGAAGAUGAACUUCUUCAAAGUGGGCAAAGCGUUCACCAUCGUGGACAUGCCGGGCUACGGAUACAGAGCCCCCAAAGACUUUGUGGAUAUGGUGCAGCCGUACCUCUACAGGAGGACAAAUCUGGUGAGGACGUUCCUGCUGGUGGAUGGAAGUGUUGGACUUCAGAAGGCCGACCUGAUCGCCCUGGAGCUGUGUGAGGACACCAGACGUCCUUACGUGAUUGUGGUGACAAAGAUCGACAAAUGUAAACACGGGACGCUGCUGACGAACUUAAUGGAUCUUCACGAUGUGGUUGAAACUCAGACCACGAGCUGCUUCCCUCAGCCUUUUUUAAUCAGCUCCCUCAAUUUCUGGGGAAUCUACCUCCUGAGAUGCUUCAUUGCUCACGUAGCAGGAGGCAUCAAGUUAACGGACACUUCUCAGAGCUGACCAGCAGCUUGGACUGACUGACUUAGUGUAAUCGGGACUCGCUGAACUCCUCACACACUCACUGUGUCGGUAGAGUGUAGGAUGCACAGAGGAAUCAGUGGAGCGUCGGAAUCGGCCAUUUGUUUUCAUGAUCAUCAUAGAGCAAAGUGUGGAAGGACUUUCUGAUGUUCACAAUCAGCGCAUACUCUGUUUGGUGUUCAUGCAGCACACAUUCUGCAGAGGCUUUUGUUUUAGAAUAAAACUUGAACACAUGCUGGGUUGAUUUUUGAAUGAAAAGUUAUACAUUAAAUCACUCUUCCCAGAUUCAAACAAGUAUACAACACGGCCGACAGUCGGCAGAUACAGAAACAUGACUCUUUUUUUAAUCUGAUGCUUCAUAAGGACUAUGACGCUAAAUCACUCUCUUCAAAGAUACAAAACUUAAUUCAUGAAGGGGACAUUUUCCUCACAGAACACAAGAGUUGUUGGACUGCUGCCGUGGUCGCAUUGUUUGCUUGUUUGUUUGUUUUAAUGUUAUUGUUUUGUUUUAAGUGUUGGAUCAAAAUGAACCAGUGAAAACACUGAAGUCACAAACCAGACAAUUAGAAGGAGAAUGAGACUGUAUGUUUAGAUUUAUCAUAUUAGGUUUGUUGUUUGAUUUAUUUCAGAAAAGAAUGUAAUUCAAACAAAUUAAAGUAGAAUACAAAAAUAUAAGAUAAUGAUUGUGGUUGGGGGCUUAUGAGGAAACAUCCAACAUAAUUAGAAUAAUUAAACAAAACCACCUACAACUAAAGCAAACUCAAUAUCAGAGUUCAGGUAUGAAAGAGCAGAAAUUUGGUUAAGGAAAAAAUAUAUUUAGUUAUGUCAAGAAAGAAAGGAAAAAUGUACAAUUUCAUAUCAAUACUGUCCCGGAUAUGUCUCUGUCAGUAAAGGAUGUCUAAGUAUUUUUUGUGCACAGUUUGAGUCAUGUUUUUACCUGCAAAAACUUUUAUAUUUACCUUGUUUCACAGGCAAAAUAUAUAUAAAAAAUGGAUUUCUAAAAAUUUUUCAUAGAUUAGAAAUUUAAAUAGCUUUUUCUGUUUCAGGAGGAAAAGGUCCUUUAAAUAAUUCCUCAAAGUGUCUCGAUACAUCUCCUCAAGCUUUCACAUAUUAGGUUUCUAUUUGACAUACUGUAUUAGACUACUUCAAUGACACGUCAUGGUUUAUCUUAUUGACCUUACACCUUUUAUUAUGUUGUUUCCUCUUACUCACACAACAACAGCUAAUUACAAUCCAAACCGGAUAACAGGAGGCACUUAUCAAACUGAAACGCUGUGUAUACAUUGGAUUAGAUACGUCAUUGAAUGCAAGUUACGCAAUGACAAUAGAGGCAUUCUAUUCUAUUCUAUUCUAAAAGGUUACCGGGUUGAUUCUGAGUUAUCAUGUUGCUCUUUAUCUGGUGGGAGACCUUGAACAUUUAUGUUCUACUUACUCUGCACCUUAUCUCUGUUUAUCAUUUGUAUUUGGAGGAGCACAAUAUCAAACCUAGUGAAAGUGAGAAUGAGUACUGCUCCAAAUUCUGCAAAACUAAUCUCAUCUGAUGAUCCGCUUUAUACCCGAGAGUGUGCCAGGUCUGAAGAUCUGUUUCUGCAGAUUUGAGAAUAAAACCUUGAGAGACA